ACACACGGAGUCCCGUCACGUCACGCGAGAGCGCAGCGCACGGACACACACAAAGAAAGGGGAAAAAACACGGCACCCGCCACCCCUAGCAACUCCCCAGGCCGCAUUAGCCAGGCCCUCCCCCCCACUUCUCCUGUGGGCUCCCCCCCACUCCCCGUUCCCCAACACGCGCAGCGCCCAAACUCGACUGGGUCCCGCUCUUGCAAAGUACAGAACUCGUCCCAGUGGCAUAGAAGAUGAACUCAUCUGAAUUCAGUGAUGAUGAAGAAGAAGUUAUAAAAAAUAAUCCUGUGAAAGUGGAGACAGAAGCUGGGGAUGCUGUGCUGGACUGUUCUGUGACCACUAGGGCUUCAGAGAAGCCCCCAUUGGACGGCUCUUUUACUUCCCUUCAGGACUCCAGCAAGCGGAAGCCAACUGGGAAUGAUGGCCAUGGGAGCCAACAAGACAUUUUACCUAGUGUGAAGAAGAGACGUCUGAUUCCUGAGGCACUUCUGGCUGGCAUGAAGAACAGAGACACCAACUCUCCCAACCAGGGGAACGGAGAGCAGGCCGGCAAAAGCAAGAGCUCUGGCCUCGGGUGGCUGUGUGAUGAGGAGCCCCUGAACGACAUAAGCACCCCCUCAUACAAAAAGCCGCUGUACGGCAUCUCCCACAAGAUCACGGAGAAGAAGAACCCCCCGGGGGGAGACCAGUUCACCAACUAUGAGCUCUAUGAGAAAGUCACCUCCAGCAACAGCCCGUCGCCCCUCCGAUUCCUGAACGAGCAGAGGAAGAGAGACUCGAACAACGCCACGCCAUUGGCUGUGGCCACCGGGGCGGAGGGCGACCCUAACAUCUACUCCUUGAUUCAGAAGAUGUUCUACACGCUCAACACGCUGAACUCGAAUAUGUCCCAGCUGCACAGCAAGGUGGACCUGCUGUCCCUGGAGGUGAGCCGCAUCAAGAAGCAGGUGAGCCCCACCGAGUCUGUGGCCGAGUUCCAGCCGCCGCCCGAGUACCAGCUCACCGCGGCCGAGCUCAAGCAGAUCGUGGACCAGAGCUCGUCGGGGGGCGACCUGGCCUGCCGCCUGCUGGUCCAGCUCUUCCCCGAGCUCUUCAGCGAGGGCGAGUUCAAUCGCAGCUGCGCCACCUGCGGCUUCGUGAACAAGAAGAAGCUCGAGUCGCUCCACCUCCAGCUCAUCCGGAACUACGUCGAAGUGUGCUACCCCUCGGUGAAGAACACUGCCGUGUGGCAGGUAGAGUGCCUACCCCAGGUCAAUGACUUCUUCAACCGCUUCUGGGCUCAGCGGGAGAUGGAGAGCAGUCAGCCGGGUGGCCAACCAGCGGCCUUCUACGAGGCGGAGCAGGUGGAGCCCGCCCACUUCCUGGAGGACAAAGAGCAGGAAGAAGCCCUGUCCCUGGACCGCAGCAGCACCAUCGCCUCCGACCACGUGCUCGAUGCCCAGGACCUCAACGAGUUCUUGGACGAGGCCUCCUCCCCCGGCGAAUUCUCCGUCUUCCUCCUGCACCGGCUCUUCCCUGAGCUCUUUGAUCAUCGCAAGCUGGCGGAACGCUACAGCUGCUACGGAGACGGCAGCAAGCAAGAGUUAGACCCGCAGCGGCUGCAGAUCAUCCGCCGCUACACCGAGAUCUAUUUCCCCGACGUCCAGGAGGAGGAAGCGUGGCAGCAGCAGUGCGCCCAGAGGAUCAACGACGAGCUGGAGGGCCUCUGCCUGGAUGGCAGUGAGUGCGAGCCGCUCAGGGACGACUGCUACGACUCCUCCAGCCUUCCCGACGACGUGUCCAUCAUCAAGGUGGAGGACAGCUUCGAGUACGAGCGACCUGGUCGGAGGUCCAAGAAGAUCUGGCUGGUUCCCAUCGACUUUGACAAACUGGACAUCCCCCCUCCCGACUUCGAAGUGCCCAUGUCCGACUAUCUGCUCAACAAGGAGCAGAUCCGGAGCAUCUACGAGAGCAGCCUGUCCAUAGGCAACUUUGCGUCCCGCCUCCUGGUUCACUUGUUCCCCGAACUCUUCACCCACGAGAACCUGAGGAAGCAGUACAAUUGCAGCGGCUCUCUAGGGAAGAAACAGCUCGACCCCUCCCGCAUCAAGCUCAUCCGGCACUACGUGCAGCUCCUGUACCCCCGGGCCAAGAACGACCGCGUGUGGACGCUGGAGUUUGUGGGCAAGCUGGACGAGAGGUGCCGGCGCAGGGACACGGAGCAGCGGCGCUCCUACCAGCAGCAGCGCAAAGUGCUCGUGCCGGGCCUCGAGAGGAGAGACUUCAUGAACUAUGCAAUCAACCCCGAGAGGUUCCGAGAGGAAUUCGAAGGCCCUCCGCUGCCCCCCGAGAGGAGCAGCAAGGACUUCUGCAAGAUCCCCUUAGACGAGCUGGUCGUCCCCUCCCCAGACUUCCCCGUGCCUUCUCUCUAUCUGCUGUCCGACAAGGAGGUCAGGGAGAUCGUGCAGCAGAGCCUCUCGGUGGGCAACUUCGCCGCCCGGCUCCUCGUCAGACUCUUCCCAGAACUCUUUACGCCGGAGAACCUCAGACUGCAAUAUAACCACUCCGGGGCUUGUAACAAGAAGCAGCUCGACCCGACGCGCCUGCGGCUCAUCCGCCAUUACGUGGAGGCUGUGUACCCUGUGGAGAAGAUGGAGGAGGUGUGGCAUUACGAAUGUAUCCCCAGCAUCGACGAGAGGUGCCGGAGACCCAACAGGAAAAAGUGUGACAUCUUAAAAAAAGCCAAGAAAGUCAAGAAGUGACGGGAGCUGAGUGCUUAGUGAAGGGCAUACUCAGAGGGUUCUUUUUUGGCGGUGGUUAUGGCAUCCCCAAGGGAUGCCCACUUGCAACCGUGGGAAGUGGCUUACUACAUUUGCACACUUAGAGACCAACUAAAAACACAAGUGACAAAAAGCUUUGAAUUUUUUUUCUGGCUCUGGUCCUCAAUACAUAGUUGCACCCAGUUCUCUUAGUGCUCAGGUAGCCAGACCACUCUGAGCAAUCAUUUUUCCAAGCUAGCUUGGAAGGGUUUUUUAACUCUUUCCUUUUUACUGUUUAAAUGUCGUUAUGCAUCUGUAUCGUUCCCCACCCCACUUUUUUGCAUCUUCCAUUUUUAUCACUUUUUAAAAAUUAAACAGGAAAAUAAACAAAAAAAAAUCACCCAGCUCUUUGAGAGCCAUUUUCAUGAGAAAAAAUAGGUUUUACACAAUUGAGCUAAAGUACUGUAACCAGAAAUUUUCACACUUAGGAAUUUUUUUAAAAGAGACAUUUGGAGAUUUUUGUAAUCUUUGGACGCACCAUGUUUGUUAGAGCUGAUCUCAGCUUUGGGCAUGGAACACAGGCCAUGGAUGGGCCCUGCUGUCCCUGCCUCUUCUACUUGGUUUUGGCAUGGCCAAGAUAACCUGCCCAGGUUUUUAUUUUCACUGUGAUCAAUACUAAGGUUUAGGCAUGGUGUACAUAUGUUAUCUCUUGUGAUCCCCUCUCCCCAUUCAAUAGAACUAGGCUCACUUAUCUAUAGGAAAAAAACACUGGAUGAUGAGAAGAAUGUAGACAGAUAUUGAAACCCACACUUAGAGCACCGUGAGAGUUUUAGCUACCCCUUUUCUCUCCCCCUUAUUUCACACAGACAGGGGAAGGAAAAACACAUUUCCUGUGAAAUUCCUUUUUUGCUGUUAGGUUCACUACUCUGCCUAAAAAGGUGCCACUUGCAUUUCCUAGAUCUCUCUCUUCCAAAAGGCAGACUCUAGAAACAGCCCAGUGAUUUCAAGUCAGAAUCUCGAGUGAGAAGAGACUUCUCCACACCUCAGUGCUUGCUUGGGGAGUCCACUGAAGAAACCCAACACUUGGGGGGCCGGCCUUGAUGCCUGCCCCGGAGCCUCUGCCCUUUGGGCCAGACACCCUCUUCUGUCUCAAACUGGACCAGCCUCUGUGUCCCCCUCCCCUCCCAAGUGACCACUUGGAAGUUUCCCUGUGGAUUCCUCCUUAAAUCGAUCUCUUUCAGUGCCUGGUUUAUUCCUUCCUGCCACAGUGGGGUCCUACAACACUCCUGUUUUUCUGGCUAAGGAAGACAGACCACUCUAGCCUAAUGUCAUGCUAUUCAAGGAGUUAUUAACCCUUAAAGACCCUGAGAAAUCCCUACCAGAAAAAAAAGAUACUACUGCCUCCUUGGUGUUUGUGUGGCCAAAUUCUUAAGAAAAGGAAACCUCCCACUGAAAAUUGAAUAGGCUAACCAUGAAAUUAAUAGAUUAUAUCCAUAGUCUUCAUGAAAGUUUUAAGAUUUUUAAAAUGUUAAAAGUUUAAAAAUAUCAUCUGAGAGGCAGCGUGGCCUAAGGCAUAGAGAACUGGCCUUGGGAGCCUCGAAGCCCUCGAUUCAAGUCCCGCUUCUGAUACAUUUCUGCUAUUUUUAGCUGGGGAAGUCAGACCCACUUCUUCUUCCUUCCCACCCCUUACAAAAAAAUAAAAAAGAUUUUUUUAAAAUCUGGAAAUUCACAGUUAAAAAGGAUUCCAAUUUUGCUAACCAUUAAGUACAAUUUUUACCUUUUCAUCUGUGGUAUUUAUUUUUUAGUUUUCACAACAUCUGGAAUUAGAACACAUUGAUUGUGUAUAGAUGUCUUCACCUUCAGGGGAAACGUUGUUCCCUGCCAUCUACGGACAUUAGGGAUCAUAGCGAAGUUCAUGAAAUGUCAGCGUGCACACAGACUUGUCCACAUCACCGGAGCACUCAUCAGCUUCAGGAAUGUUGAAACAGCCAGGAGUUGCCCUGGGAGCCACCAGUGACAUAUUUUCUUUGAUUCAGGUCUUUCUCAGUAUGCCUUAGCCUUCCCUCCUAGGCCUGCUCUAAGGAUUGUGGAUUGCAUCUCCCUCCUACCAGCAUCAUUCCUCAGAUAGCCAGUUGAAUUCUCCUGAGGACUCCGUAAAAGGUGCCUGUCCUCUAGACAGCUUCUGGAGAGGAUCCCAAGGCCGAUGGAAAUUAUCCUUGCUUUUAGAAGAUGGAACACUGCCCAGUUCCUCCUCCAGAGGUUCAGUCAUUUAAUAAUCCAUUUUUAAAAUAAUCAUCUUCCCUGUGGUUGGUUGUUGUUGUUUUUUUUUUAAGAGAAAUGAACAGGGAACAGCAAAUAGGCUUCUCUAUAACCUCUGAAUUUUAGUCUUUCCAAAUCCUUGGUGAGCCUACUCUCUUGUCUUAACUGCCUAGAGUUUUGCCUUCCAGAAUGUAAUCAGAAGGAAUAAAUUCCAGGAAUAGAACAACUCUGGAAAGCCUUUUCUUCUCUCUCUUAGUCAGGAGAUGUCUCCACAUCUUUACUCAGCCUGUUUGAUUGGGGUGUUCCGUGUUGUCAGGCUGCUCCACUGGACUUUUUAUAUUUAAGCAAUACUUGAUGUUCUCCCAGGAGUUUAGAAGCACCGACCCCCUUUUGGCACUCCCUUUUGCUUCUGAAAUCUUUUCUUUUUUAGGCCUUGUGUUUCAAAGGCCAGAAGAAGGAGCACACUUCUCCCCUAAAGUUAGUAGCACUCCUCCCCAUCACCUGUUUGUGGCAUCUGAAAAGAAUGUACAAAGAGAGUCAUGAAUGUAAUUUCAAUUCUCCCAGCUGUGUCUACAUGAUCACAAUCCAACAGGGAAUAAAACUGUGCCCUGUAAUAGGUGCUUUAAUGUCUAAGGAAAGAAGCAAAUCCUACUCUAUCACUGUUUACCUUUUCACUGUCUUUUUUUUUUGGUGGGGAUGGGGAAAAUGGGAGGGAGGGCAGCCAGGCUUAAUCAUUAACCAAUCAAUGGGAUCUAGUUUGAAGGGAACCGAAUUAGCAGUUAAAAGUGGUCAGAAUAAUUGGGUUGGCCACGGUCUGGUUAUUAUGGACCGGUAUGCCUUUGUUCCCACCUGGGUCUCUGAAUGUUUUAUUUCAUGCUUGAUUGGGGUUUGGGCGUAGGGUAGGGGGGAGUCUAGAAAAGAAGACCUUCUGAUUGACUAUGGCCAAGGGAAUUCUCACCUUGUGCAUCUAGGUGGUCAAAAAACAAACAAAUAAAUAAAAAUGUCCAGGAGGGAGGAAGGUGGGGCCAGGAACUGAGAACAAUGAAUACAGCCAUGAAAAAAAAAAUGCUUGCCUGUUUAGAUCCAGCCUUAACACUUUCUGACAUCCUACAUGUAGCAGACCAUGCAUAAAAGGGAUGCCAGAGUAAAAACCUUCUGGAGAGAAAUAAGAACAGUUUUACCAAAGAUAAUGAACUGAUAUCCCACAAUGGCUGCAUUUUCCUUUUGAUUCGAGUGCAUCCUUAGAAACCUGAAUGUAACACAAACCCAGGACUGUUUUUUUGUAACUGUAUGCUCUCUAGCAACUUUGUGUGAAUUUUUAUACAAGCACUGUUUUAUGGGUUCUAUAAAAUGUCAUAAAAUAGAAAAA